UGUUUUGUUAUCGUCAACUAACAUGAAGACUGUGACAUAACAUACAAGGAAUUUAUGGCAUGUGGUGGUUUAUCGGAUAAGUCUUAACCUGCAUACACGUUUAUGUUCAUAGCUACUUUUGAAAACUCUGUUAAUAUUUGUCUUUCACAAGAUGAAUAUAAUUGAAGAUGUUAUAGAAGUACUUUUGGUUUUGUUGAUGUUAAUUUUGACCUUUUGUGACUCAGCAAUCAAUCACAAGCCAUAUAUCCCUGAUGAUGUCAACGUUAUUAUUAAAGUACCAGAAGACACUAAAGUCGGUACGUCUAUUCGUAAUAUAACAGCAGUGGAUCAGGAAGAACAAUACAUAACAUUUGGUCUGGAUGAUGUUGGUAAAACAGUGUUCAAAAUAAGCAAUUUUAAUAAAAGUGUAGGUGAACUGAUCUUGAAAGUAUCGCUUAAUAGAGAAUCGGUUAGCACUUACGAUUUCCACGUGACAGUGACGGAUGRCGRAGAUGAUAGAAAGGUAUCAAAGUUGUUCAUUCUUAACGUUGAGGACGUGAACGACAACAAACCAAUCUUCGUUACACAGCCAUAUUGGAAAYCAAUACUUGAGAAUACAACUGUUGGUACGGAACUUCUGACCAUCCAAGCGACAGACAGCGAUCUAGGUUCUAAUCAAGUUGUCACAUACAGAUUUAGUAACGAUUCCAAYUCUGCUCAGGACAAUCCACUUGUUACCUUGUGGAAGACUUCUAAGUUUGCUAUUGAUAAUUUACAUGGAACAAUCACUCUGGUGGCACCUUUGGACUACGAARCAACAACAAGGUACUUGUUACCUGUUGUGGCAGAGGAUGGAGGUAAUCCCAAGAAAAAGAGUGAGACCACUGUUGUUAUUGACGUAACUGAUAUCAGUGACAACCCACCGAAGUUUGAACAAUCUGUCUAUCUGAAGGAAAUCGAAGAAAACAUUCCUGUGGGAACAAGCGUGCUGACAGUUGUCGCAAGAGAUGGUGAUGCUGGUAUUAACAACCCAAUAAAAUACGAAAUAUACUCAGGUAAUGAUGGUACGUUUACUAUUAGCAGCAGUACUGGUGUCAUUACGGUCAACAGUACAAUCGACGCGGAGAAGACACAAAGCUACGACCUUCACAUCAGAGCUUCUGAAGUUCCCAAUCCAAACUCCAACGCUACAGUGCCAGUCCUAAUAACYGUGAUAGAUAAGAACGAUAAUCCUCCUAUCUUCUCACAAGAUAGCUAUUCAUUUUCAUUACGAGAGGAUCUGGCCAAACCCGGACGAAUCGUUACGGACCAGUUAAUCGUCAGGGAUGCCGACAAAAACCCUAAAUUUCGGCGUUUCACGUAUCACUUGACUGGAGGGGAUAGCGACAAGUGUCGUAUCGACCCAUSGAGUGGCGAGGUCCGGAUAAGCAGUACACUGGACUACGAGACACAAGUCAAUUAUACCUUCACCAUCGUCGUAACAGAGACAGAAACAGACGAGAAGUACAGUGAUAAUGCUACUUUUCACUUGACUCUCAUCAAUGAUAACGACAACAAACCAAUCUUUCCUAAUUCUUCAUAUAAUUACACAUUCGACGAAGAGGUCCCCCYAGGGAAAGAGAUUGCUGUUAUAACGGCAACCGAUGCGGAUCUUGGUUCAUUUGGCCAAGUCACUUACGAGCUGAGAGGCAGUCAGUCUUCAUUUUUUGCUGUCGAUCCUAAUACUGGUAACAUCACAGCAGCAAAAACCCUUGACUAUGAAGAAGUCCAGAGCUACCAGUUUUAUGUGAUCGCUAGUGAUGGUGGUGGAAUAUUCAAGGAAGAAGCAACUGCUACAAUAAAUGUUGCUUUACGGGAUGUCAAUGACAGCGACCCAGUCUUCACUACAGCUCCAUAUGAAUGUAAGAUCAGAGAUCUUAGUGUGGUAGUUGUUGAGAAUAUCACGGUUGGGACUCUUAUUGCUAUAGUCAACGCUACAGACAAGGACAAAGGAAGCAACGCGUAUAUUGAGUACUUCAUCAUUAGUGGUAACGAAGAUGGCGCAUUUGCACUGAAUAAAACAAGCGGCGAGUUAAAUACAGCCAGAGAACUCGACUAUGAAACUACUGCUUCAUACAAGCUCGUUAUACAAGCGAAACAUGCAAAGAGUAACAUAAAGUUGAUCUGUCAAAAGAUUAUCAUUUAUACUGUGUCAGUUAGAAAGGUCUCUACGUCCUCCCCAUCUCAAAAAAGCACAGGCAAAUCAUUUGAUUCAGAAACUUGGUUACUUUUAAUCGCAGUUGGUGUUUUAGUCUUCGUUAUUGUUAUCAUCGUGGUAGGUGGUAUCUAUUACAUCAGGCGUAUCACCAAGCGAAGACAGUCAUUAAGACAAACGGUGGAUCAGCCAGAUGGCGGUAGAAAUACCGUUUCUGAAGAAGCGUUUCAAAUGCCGAAUUUUGCAUUUUAUUCUGGAAUUUCACCUGAAGUUGAAGAGCGAACUGUUCCGCCAACUCCUAACUCACGAUGUGAGCCACAGUAUGCUGAUCUAAAUCAAUCCACUUUUUAUCACAGUCUCUCUCCAUCAACACAAAAUGUCUCUGAUGUUCAGUUAAACGAGACCAACCCUUUAUCUGAUAAACCACUCAACUAUGAAAAGCUCCAGCAUAAAAAUGCUCCUCGAGAAUACGAAAAAAGGAUUCAUUUGAAUGAUAGGUUCGGAUCGUCCGCUAGCGAAUACGAGUUUGUGGCCUAACAACUGCAUACUAAAACAAGAUGACUAAUGAAGCAUCGUAAAAAGAUAGGAUAUUAUUCUUGUGAAUUGCAAAACUAGUCUCUGGUCCUGCGUAUCCCUUCUGCUCACAUGUAUAAAAUAACAAUAAUGAAUUAUGAGCAUUUUUAUGAGGUUUUUCAAAGGAUUUUUUUCUUUUCAACUUAGUUUCUUUUAACUGGCUUAGGAUGGAUAUCUCGUGAGGUUGCUCGUUGCAGGAAAAUGGAUUUCACUAAACGCUUUUAUAUAUUAGAGGACUUACAUGCAAAAAGCGAUUAGUCUUGAAUACUCUAGUCCGAACAUAUGCAAAACAAGGAGUAAUAGAUAAAUAGAGGAUUAAAUACCUUGGUUUCCUUGUUUUUCAAAGGAUUUUUCUGUUUAACGUUUUUUGUAUAAAUGGCCUACAAAACGUUUUUUUCUAGAAUGCUCCUGCCCGAAAAUAUGGAUUUACUUACUUAAGCCAAACAA